UUAAAGGCCCGGCGAGGGGCACGCGCCGCACUCGGGCGGGGGCGGCGGGGCCGGUGCGGGGCCCGGGGCGGGUGCGGGGCCCGGUGCCGCAGGAUGUACACGCUGACACGCGGCCCCAGCAAGCUGGCAACGCAGCGCCGUACAGGUCCGACGCAGCAGGCGGUGGAGAGCAGCAAGCUGGGCGAGCUGCGGGGCCGGCUCCAGCCCGGCGCCUGGCCCCCUGCCAGCCCAGCCCAGAAACUCGUCUUCAACAGAGUGAACGGCAAGAGGCCGCAGGUGCUGCCGCAGCAGGUCUCGGCCCCUGAGGAGUGCUACACGCUGGCACAUGAGGAGAACGUCCGCUUCGUCUAUGAAGCCUGGCAGCAGGUAGAGCAGCAGUUGGAUGGCAGCCGGAGCGGGGAGAGUGCCUGCGGCCCCGUGCAGUACGUAGAGAAAACCCCCAACCCUGGACUGAAAAACUUUGUUCCCAUUGACCUGGAGGAGUGGUGGGCACAGCAAUUUCUAGCCAAAAUUGAAAACUGCUCAUAAAAGGGAAGAAAGGUUUGGGUUUGGGUUUUUUGGGGGGUAUUUUUUUUUUUUUUUAAGAGAAACAGAGUUGAUAGUAUCUGGUCAGAACCCAGAAUUGGUGGCAUUUUAGAACCACAUUUUUAAAAGAUGACUGAAAUCAAGUGACCCUUGCUGCCAGCCCAGCGAGGCCAGCGGGACCGGACCACAGCCAUGCCUGGCCACACACCCCCUCCCUGCACCUGGUGUGGAGGAGCAGCGUGUGGCCCCAGCCAGGAUUCCUUAAGUGCCAGUUCUCGGACCGCUGCAGCUCCUGCAGCCUCCAGCUCCCAGGGACACUGUGGUGCCAUGCUGGGGAUGAGGGAGCGGAUCCCCCCCUGUGGCCGUAGCCACAGGGAGGACAGUGGGGUGCUGUAGCAGGACUGCCAGAAAAUAAAGCGCUGAAACUGCCA